AUGGCCCAUAACCUAGCCCAAUGCCAGAAGCUCGUCAAGAAAGCCGUGGAUGCGGGAGCCAAGGCACUCUUCCUCCCUGAAGCAUCCGACUACAUUGCCUCCUCUGCCACCGAAUCCGUGGGACUCUGUCAAGAUGUUUCAAAGAGCCUUUUCGUUCGCGGUCUCCAGCAAGCUGCCAGGGAUAACUCGUUGCUGAUCAAUGUGGGCAUCCACGAACCGACCGAUCCACCUUCGGACAGGAUCAAGAACACACUGAUCUGGAUUGAUAAAGAGGGGGAAAUUGCUCAUCGAUACCAGAAGCUGCAUGUUUUUGACAUUGACUUGCGUCCGAACGGCCCGAGACUGAAAGAGAGCGAUUCCGUCCAGCCAGGAAAUGAAAUCGUCCCUCCGUAUCCCACCGUCUUGGGCAAGCUUGGUAGCCUGAUAUGUUUCGAUCUGCGGUUUCCUGAACCUGCACUUCGACUGCGGCGCCAAGGAGCAGAAGCCUUGUUGUAUCCGUCAGCAUUCACCGUGCCGACGGGGAAGCUUCACUGGGAGAUUCUCCUGCGGUCCCGAGCAAUUGAAACGCAGAGCUGGGUUAUAGCCGCGGCGCAGUGUGGUAGACAUAAUGAAAAGCGGGUCAGUUACGGGGAUUCCAUUGUCAUUUCACCGAAUGGUCACAUCGUCGGACGUUUGGAUCAUGUCGAGGAUUUGGACAAGGAGAAGGUUGAUACCCGUGAGCCGGACAUGCUCACGGUUGACAUCGACUCGAAAGCUGUUGAUGAAGUCCGGAGAGGAAUCCCUCUGCUGAGGCGGACAGACGUUUAUCCUGAAAUAUAA